AUGGAUUCUGAGUCGGUUCCAGCGCUCAAGUCCCCGUCAGAUAGCCCUCGCGAGCUGCGGCAGAUCUUCUUCAAGGCGGGCGUGCCCAUGACCCCCAAGGAGUAUCUGUGGCCCGACCCUGCGGCUUCCGCGACAGAACCACCUGAAAAAUCAUCUGAAGGACCACCUGAGGCCCGACCAUCUGUUGGACUUGGCGACGAUUCGUCCAACCGCCCGGCGGCUGCGGCGGCGAAGGUGACGCCGAGAUCUUCGGAGCUUUAUCCUGCCGUCGAUUCAUCGGGAUCGUCAACUAAAAUCAAGGACCCGUGGAGAUCGUCAGAGCAUCAUCCUGCCGUCGAUUCAGCGGAGUCGUCUGCUAUAACUAAGGACUCAAUAGCGGCUCCGGAAGCUGUUGCAACUGCUGCUGCUGCUGGUAAGACCACGGACCCGCCUGGUGACAGCCCCGAUGCAGGAACACAGGGAGACACGCCGUCGGAGGGGGAGGGAGGGGUUCUUUCGUCUAAAGCCCCCCCGUCUGGUAAACGGAGGUAUGGCAGCGGGUUAAUGCUUCCCCGGUCUUUGUUCAGGAGGAGGGGGCGGGAUAGUCAGUCGGGAAAGGAGCGUGGGCUUGAGAUUGAGUCGGGAAAAACUGUUGAGGGGUCGCUAAAGGGGCGUGAGGUGGCGUCACGGGAGGGGAAGGGGGUUGUUGGAGGGGAGACGGGUGAGGAGAUCCGUGCCGUUGGUGUCAGCGCGCCGCUGACGGCCGUUGAUCUUGGACCGGAGAAUAGCGGUGGGAGGGCGGCAGCGGGAGAGAUGGGGAUGGAGGGGGAGGGGAGCAGUGCGGGAGAGAGGGGAAGGCAUGCGGAAGGGGAGGUGCAACCGUCACGGGGAGCUGUGGGGAAGGAAGGGGAGGGCUUAUCUGCUGAUAGUGAGGAGGGGGAGGAGAGUGAGGAGAAUGAGGAGCGUGAGAAGAGCGAAGAGGGUGUAGCGAUUGCUGCUAAGGAUAAUGCUUCGGGUAGGGAGGGAGGCACGAAAGGCGAAGGAAUCAGUGAGGGGGUGAGGGAAGGAGGAGAAGGGCGGGGAGUGGCCCGAGCAGUGGAGGGGAGGGCGGAGAGGGUGGAAGGCUCAACGGGAGUGGUGACCCUGAGGCGCAUGAAGGACGCUCUGAGAAACGUGCUGUGGCCGCAGCGGGAGCAGCGGGAGAAGCAGACACAUGCGCGUGCAUCCCCAGGCCCUCCAGUGGACGCGCCGCCCUCUCCUCUCAGCCACGUGCCUCCCAAGCGCACUGCCAGCCUCCCCAGCGACACUCUGCUGCUGCACCACGAGGUGCCUGCUGUGCUUGUAACGGAGCAGCCUCUAACGGGGAUGAGGGAGGCUGCAAUGCUCUCCCACCCACCCCCACAUACUCCUGCUGCUGCUGCUUCUGGUGAUGCGGCGUCUGCUGCUUCUGCCGCACACAAUCCGAGGAUAGGAGGGGACCGAGGGAAGGCAGGAGAGCUGCCACACAGCCCUCCACCUUCCCCAGUCUCGCCUGCCCCAGUCUCACCUUCCCUUGUGUCACCUCCCCCCCGCUCACCACCCCGACUUGAGGGCUCCACUGAGAAGAAAAAGCCUGCAAGGCCUAGGCUGAAACUCCCUUUCUUCUCCCCUCCUGCUCCCACCGUUGCUUCUGCUGCUGCUGCUGGUGGUGCUUCUGCCUCUGCUGCCCGUACCCCCCCUUGCCUUGAUCUCUCUGCUGCUCCUUCGUCCCCUGCUGCGGAAGCUGCUGAGAAGCUUCGGGAACGGGCGAGGCGGAUGGGGACAAGGCAACAGUCGCAGUUUGAGGGAAGGGGAGAACAAAAAGGGAAGACGGAGAAGGAGGAGCAGGUGGAGGUAAGGGGACGGAAAGAGAUGGAGGAGCAGGUGGCGGGGGUGUUUACUGCUGCAGAGUGGGAUAAGAUGAGUGACACACAAGGGAGCAUUCAACACGCAACGAAGGCUCUCAAGGGGAGGACGUCUAGUCUUGGGAGUCAGGGAAAUCGGGGUGAGAUGGGUAAGUCGGAUGAGCCGGUGGGUGUUCGACCGGUUCUGAGUGGGCGAGAGUUGAAGCAGAUGGAAGGUGCGCAAGCGAUGGUCAAGUCUGCUUCUUGGAACCUGAAGUGGGACGCUGAGGAGUUUAAAGAAGAGUAG